AUGCCCCUCGACCAAGGGGUACCACCGCCCUUUCCUUCGGGGUUCGCCGCGGCGACCAUCGAGUCAGCCAAGGAGAAGAAGAAGCAAAAGCAGCAGCAGCCCGCCGUCCGACCGGCUCCGGGGACGAGUCAGCUGGACGUCCUGGCCCAGGCCUACAAGCCCGAGUUCUACGAGACCGUCGCCAGGAUCAUGGCCCUGCGGCAAAAGUACGUCGAGGACCGCGUCAUCUUCGUCGAGAGCAGGGAGAUGCAGUCGCUGCUGCUCGGCCUCGGGGCCCGGCCCGAGGACUUCCCCCGGAUGCAAGUCGUAAGCAACCGGCUGUACCACGACCCGACGCUCCCCUUUCGACGGAGCAGGAACGGCCGCUUCCUCAUCGACUUCGACUCCAACUCGCUCCGGCGGCUCGAGUUCCAGCCCUUUACGCUCACGGCCGAGGAGGACUUCAAGCGGCACGACUCGGGGCAGCUGCGGCGGUUCGACGAGGUGCAAAACGAGCUGCAGCUCAACUCGGCGUUCCAGGCCCUCUUCGCCUUCAAGGCCAUGGUCCUGCACGGGGUGGCCACCAUCCACCGGCCCAGGCUCGCGUACGGGGCCAACCGGUGGGUGUGCACGCUCUUCAACCUGCGCACCGUCACGACGCCGGACCUCGUGGGCGAGCCGGCCCUCGAGGGCGUCCACUCGGACGGCGUCGACCACACCAUGACGACGUACCUGGGGAGCAGCAACAUGGCGCCCAACAGCGCCGCCACCUUCAUGCACGACAUGGACGAGACGACGGGCGUCCAGCUCGACGACGUGUCGCCGCACCACAUCCUCGCCCGCGUCCAGCACAGGAACUUCCUCGACACCCUCAUGAUUGUCGACCACGAGCGCAAGCACAGCCUCUCGCCCGUGUACGCCGUCGACGAGACCAAGGAGGCGACGCGCGACAUGCUCAUCUUCUUCACGCGGAAACCCGUCGACAAGACGCACGUCUCCGGGUCCAUCGACUCGCUGCGCCCGCACCGGGACAUGCCCAUGGAAAUCCCCCUCUUCGUCCCCGGAUCUCGCUGA